CUGAGGGGCGGCGCGGCGGGCGAUGCGCCGAGCCCCGGCGGGUGGUCGCUAGAGGAAGGAUGACCACUCCCGCCCUGCUGCCGCUGUCCGGGCGGAGACUGCCCGCCCUGAACCUGGGCACCUCCUCCUUCCCGCACCACAGGGCUACCUUGAGACUCUCCGAGAAAUUUAUCCUCCUCCUUAUUCUUAGUGCCUUCAUCACGCUGUGCUUCGGAGCGUUCUUCUUCCUGCCUGACUCCUCGAAGCACAAACGCUUUGACCUGGGUUUGGAGGAUGUGCUGAUUCCUCACGUGGAUACGAGCAAAGGGGACAAAACCCUCGGAAGCUUCCUGAUCCACGGGCAAGGGCACGACGAGCACCGGCACAGAGAAGAGGAGGAACGCCUGAGAAAUAAGAUCCGAGCAGAUCAUGAAAAGGCCCUGGAAGAGGCAAAAGAGAAGUUGAAGAAAUCCCGUGAUGAGAUUCAAGCUGAGAUUCAGACAGAAAAGAGCAAAGUAGUCCAAGAGUUGAAAAAGAAAGAAAGCAAACCACUGCCCCCAGUUCCUUUACCAAAUCUAAUAGGGAUAAACAGUGGAGAACCAGCAGACCCAGAUGUCCGAGAGAAAAGGGAUAAAAUUAAAGAGAUGAUGAAGCAUGCCUGGGACAAUUAUAGACAAUAUGGAUGGGGACAUAAUGAGCUCAAACCAAUUGCCAGGAAAGGACAUUCCACCAACAUAUUUGGAAAUUCACAGAUGGGUGCUACCAUAGUAGAUGCAUUAGAUACUCUGUAUAUCAUGGGGCUUCAUGAUGAAUUCAGAGAAGGACAAGAAUGGAUUGACAAAAAUCUUGAUUUCAGCGUGAAUUCUGAAGUGUCUGUUUUUGAGGUCAAUAUUCGCUUCAUUGGUGGCCUUCUGGCAGCAUAUUACCUUUCAGGACAGGAGGUUUUCAAGAUCAAAGCAGUGCAGCUGGCAGGAAAACUUCUUCCAGCCUUCAACACACCCACAGGUAUACCAUGGGCAAUGGUGAAUCUGAAAAGUGGUGUUGGUCGAAACUGGGGCUGGGCUUCUGCAGGGAGCAGCAUCCUCGCAGAGUUUGGUACUCUGCACAUGGAGUUUGUCCAUCUCAGCUACUUGACUGGGGACCCUGUAUACUACAACAAGGUUAUGCACAUUCGGAAGUUACUUCAAAAAAUGGAUCGUCCUAAUGGACUUUAUCCGAAUUAUUUGAAUCCAAGAACAGGCCGAUGGGGUCAACAUCACACGUCUGUGGGCGGGCUGGGAGACAGUUUUUAUGAAUAUUUAUUGAAAGCCUGGCUUAUGUCAGACAAGACGGACGUGGAGGCAAGAAAAAUGUAUGACGACGCAAUUGAGGCCAUAGAAAAGCAUCUCAUCAGAAAGUCCAAUGGAGGAUUGACUUUCAUUGGGGAAUGGAAGAAUGGGCACCUUGAAAGAAAGAUGGGCCAUUUGACCUGUUUUGCAGGGGGAAUGUUUGCCCUUGGAGCAGACGGUUCCAGAGAUGAUAAAGCUGGACAUUAUUUGCAACUUGGAGCUGAAAUUGCACACACGUGUCAUGAAUCAUAUGACAGGACAACAUUAAAGCUGGGUCCAGAAGCAUUCAAAUUUGAUGGUGGUGUUGAAGCAGUGGCAGUACGACAGAAUGAAAAGUAUUACAUCCUAAGACCAGAGGUUAUUGAGACUUACUGGUAUAUGUGGAGAUUCACACAUGAUCCCAAGUACAGGCAGUGGGGCUGGGAGGCAACACAGGCCAUUGACAAGUAUUGCCGAGUCAGCGGUGGCUUUUCUGGAGUCAAGGAUGUUUAUUCGUCAUCUCCUGCAUAUGAUGACGUACAGCAGAGUUUUUUCCUUGCUGAAACUUUGAAGUAUUUGUAUCUGCUUUUCUCCAAUGAUGACCUUCUACCUUUAGACAACUGGGUUUUUAACACGGAAGCUCAUCCUCUGCCCGUUUUACACUUAGCCAACACCACACUGUCAGGAAAUCCUGCUUAUCGAUAAGAACAGCUCUAAGAGGAGGAAGACAGACUGUUUUCACCUGUUUUGUUUACAUGGACCACCUGAGAUUUCAAGCCGGAGAGGAGAAAGACACUUGAUAAAUCUUGAGGGUUGAGUGAAGUACUGGCAUGAGAAACAAAGCUCUUCACCAUAUAGAUAAGUAAAACUGAAAAACAAAAGUUCCAUUUUAUACAUGACCAAAACACGCUAGUGUGGUAUUUGCAGGACAGAGACCUGCACUUUGAACUCUCACAAGAAUUGGAGUGUACUGUUUAAUAUGAAUGCAGCAGCCUAAGGAAGAAGAAGAGGCUUUCCUGUCCAGGGAAAGGAACUAGCUGCUGCUGCAGUUGGCUAUUGCGAGGAACAACGCACCAGUCACCCCUGCUGAUGGGGUGGGUUCCAAAUGCUUUUCUUUCUUUUUUUCUUUUUUUUUUUUUUUUGAGGAUGACAUGAACAAAGGAACCGCAAAAAGCAGCAUCACUGCACCAGCAGCAUCAGGAUUUCUUUCUUUCUUUCUUUUCUUUUUUUUCCUUUUUUCUUGCUUCGUGUACCUGCCUGAAUUUUCAAAUCAUCAUUUUGCCCAGACUGGCAGCCAUUCUCCAGGACUCUAAAACAUGAAAACAUGCAUGCUCACACCCAGAAAACAAUCAGUAAGCAUUUGGUUUGUUGUUCACUGGCACCAUUGUGAGUUUUAGAUCAUUUGGCAAGCUACAGUUUGGAGUGUGGAGUGUAUCACAGGGGUAGGAAGAGCCUCCUUUCCUCACACAUUUUUUCACAGUGAAGUCGAUAUUCUUUUAUUUGUCCUGUCUGUUGAAUCAGAGAUGAAAACAUGACAAAAGCAGUUUCUUGUGGUGUAUUUGACAGAAUAUAGCAUAUUACAGUUAGAAAUGCUUGCUCUGAGGUAGCCAACAGGAGUGUUUUGUUGCUUUAUGUUAGUCCAUACAAACUGGAUUUUCCCAAAAUUAUCUUUUUUUUCUGUGAAUAUUAUCCAGAGAAAGUCCUUUUACAGAUUUGAAAUCUUGACUUUUUUUACUUCUGUGUAUGAUAGAAGCUCAAAACAGCAUUUGAUUUUGUUUAUAAAACUCUUUUUCAUUUGGGUCACCAUCUGCUUCAGUGUAAAGCAAAUACAUUUUUCUUUGGAAAAAACAUAACAUCUCUUACCUAUGAGUGAAAAAAGAAGCUAUCAAAUCCCUUCUUCUCUUAGUUUAUGAGAAAUGAGAUAAUAUGUUACCUGUAAUUGCUUUUUCUGGAUAUUAUGAUGCUGGGAUAGUCCAGAUAGUUUGAGAUUAGGCCAGACAGUAAGUGUAGACUGCUUCAGUCUUCACUUAAAAUUUAUAUUUAUUAAGAGAAGUUUAUUUUUUUCAAGCCUUUUUUUUUUUAUCAUUGUUCCAGAAUCCUUACUACUCAAAUGGUUCUUUUUAUUUCCCUUUACAGUUUCCAGAUCUCUUCACCAUGGUGCCUCCCCCUUGCUGAAAGAGAACUGAGGUGCUUCUCUCCCUCCUAAUUCGUGCACAGGUCGAGUCUUUUAAAAAUCCUGAUUGUGUUUUCAUAUUAAAAGUCAGUGGCAGAACUCCCUUGAAGGAGCUUACAACAGUAUAGUGUCACCUCCAAAGGUACUGAGUGCUAUAGCAACUCCCUCCUCCCCAUCCCAAAAAAAUGUUUAUAUAUGAAGUUUUAUAUAUAAAUGAUUUACACCUUCAAAUAUAAUUUGUGUGGGUGUAAAUUAUAUGCACAAUUGAGAAAAAUCUGUCUCUAUAUUAAAGAGGGAUUUCCCGAAUUCCUGUCUUCAGUCCUCUUGCAUAUUAACUUAGACACAAAAAUCAUCACUUGGCAUGUCAGUUCAAAUAUACAUGCUCGAAGAAAAAAAGUGUUAUUAGAUGCUUUUCUCCAGACUGUUACCUCAGAUUAACAUUAGGAAGAUAGAAAAUUUGGAAAACACUCCAGUGUCAACAUUUUUACCUUAACAUUAAUUAGUAAUUAAUUAAUCACAGUUACUGUGAUUUACAGUAGUAGUUCAAAACUAAUUUGAGAAUUGUUAAAGUAAUUGAUAUAGUAGAUAAUUCCAAUUCAAGCAAUUUUUUACUUAGAAUUAACAAUAAAUGGUCCCACAAAUAAAUGGUCCCAUUGAUCCACAUUAAUUUAUUUUUCUAAUUAGCAUUAAAUGACUUUAAUAAGUCAUUUAUAAAUGACUUAAAUAAACUGAGUAUUUCCCAUCCUCUGAGAAUUGUUAGUUUUAAGCAGCAUUUGAUUGCCUUUGUGCUACUAAAUCUUUAUGGGUACAAAGGAGAAUAAAGAAAAACAGACUCUUCAUUAGAGGGGUGAGAAAAAAAAAAAAAAGGCACCUUCUACCACUUUUACCCCAGCCCCUCCACACAUUUCUCAAUAUAUGCAAGUCAGAGUGGCUGCCAGUCUGUUCAGAGAAAGGUGAAGGACGGAGUUUUGGAGUCCCAGAAAGAGAAAUGGCAAACUUCAGCUCAUCCUUGCUCUCUCAGUCACCUGUUUCGAAGUACAGAAAAACCACUGAAAUUUCUCCAUGAAUUCCAAUGGAUUAAAUCACUGCCACAAGAAUGCUUGAAUUGAGGACCUAAGCCAUUCCGUGGUGAUGGGACAGUGUUUUUCUCAGUGCAGAUGUACAGUACUGCUAUUUCUUCUUUGUAUAGACAAGCAGCAGGUACCAAAUAAAGGACACUUGUUUCGCAUUACCAAGUUACCCAAUGUUUGUCAAUCUCUGCCCUGUCACUAUUUAAAACGCAAACCAUUCUCUCUCUCCAGCAGCUACUGAUAUGUAAAGGCUAUAUCAAAAAUAAUGCGUUCUGUGGACUACUUGCUGUGUCAUUCAUGAAUGUCAGUACCCUGAGAUAUCCUAGAGAAAGCUGAGUUUGGAGGCAGUGGGUUCUGAGCAAGGUGCUCAUGGUAGCCAAGUGUGGAUAUUGAAGCUUUCAGCUGCAGUAGAAUGCGCUCUUUCUCAGCCCGUCACAAAGAAGUAGGUACUAGGCUGCAGAAGGGAGUUAUAUGCAAGCCAAAGUUCAGACCACUUUCCCUCUGGGUACAUAAGGUACAGAUGAAUAUUGUCAUUUCUGCUGCUGUCUUACAUACUUUCAUGAAGAUAGAGUGUAAAUUUAAGCUCAAGAUGACUUUUUAGUCUUAGCUGUUUCAAAGCCUUGCACUAUGUUCUCUAACAGUCCUCAAAUUCUUUAGGUAGCUGUUGCCUUCUAGCAAUUUCUGCAAUGCUCUUUCCUCUUACAGGAUGAAAUAAGCAACAGAAAAUCAUGUACAUUUUUGACACACUGGAUUUGUGCAAGAGUCUGGAUAUCCCAGAGUUGUCCAUUUUCUUUUUGCAUGCAUUCAAAACAAGUAUGUUUUAUAUUAUUUUCUUAAUCGAAGCCUCAAACUUGCCUGUGCAUCAGGAUCUGCUAGCAUUGAAGUUUUUUCUAACACUUACAGCUUGACUUUUCAAAUAAGCCGAAUUUCUGCAGUUUCCUUUGACCAACUUGGAGCUGUGUGCAUCCUGCGGUCAAGGAGACAACUUCUUAGAUUUGUCCUCUGUUUAGCAAUAAAAUCUUUGAAUGGUAUUCAGGGUGUUCAUCUUGCUGCACAACAUGGUCCUUUAAUAAGAACAUGUAAGAUUGUAAACACCCUGGAGUAUUGGGAAAAACAAAUAGGGUAGUUCCCUGAGUCAUUCACAUCUUUGAGGCUGCUUUGGCUUCCUACUCCAAAUUUGUGAAUGGUUCUUCCACCUACUAUUUAUUGAUAUAUUCUCAACUGAUACUUUACAGGACUUGAAUAUUGAGUCUCCAGAGCUCAAAAAGUAAAAUCAGGCACUCUCUCUGUGCAGUACCAUCCUGUAAGAGUAAAUACCUACCUUGUCUUGAUUUAUAGCUAAGCAAAACUCUGUCUGACUGUCCUUUAUGAUCCCCUCUACCCCUGAGGAAAUGAUACUAUAAACCAUAAUGUCCCUCUUCCUAGUUUGAAUGGAGAAGCAGUUAAUAGUAUUAACACUGAAAGGAUCAACAGUGUCAUCUGGCAUACACAGAAAACUGUGAGGCAGUGUCCAUCUCAGGGUUGUAAUAACAGACUCUUAUUAAAUUGAGUUUGUUAUCUAAUUGUUAGGUGUAUUGUGUUUUUAAAGGGAGAAAUUAAAAAUAAGCUUGUUACUAGAGGAAAAAAUGAAAAUACACUGUUGAUUCACAUGGUAGUUCAGAGAUCUGUUUACGAUCCCUGGUAUGGCACCCCUCUUCCAGCCUUUGAAUUUUGAGAAACAUUCUGAUUCAGUGGAGUUGAGUUGCCACACAAGAGGAAACCCAGGCUCUUUUGCAAGUUCAUGUACGUACAAGUGUAGCAGAGAUGAUGAGCAUCAGCUGUGUCCGCUGUCCGGCCACUCUAACAAACUGCUGUGUAAUUGUCCAGAAAAGUUGGGAAUCACCAAACUAGGAGACAGACGGACUUGUUACACUCAGAUUGUUCCCUUUAAUCCUGGUUGCUUUGUGGAAGCUGGUUUUGCAUUCU